AUGCCUCUCUUUCAUGAUCCCGAAAAUUGGGUCUGCCGCCGCUGGUCGGGUGAUCUCAGUGAGUCGGAGCUCCCACCACGACAGUCACCACGACAGUCACCCCGGCCUCAAUCGGCGCAUGCUUCCGAAGAUGGUUCACCCCAUACAGGGACCCUGGAAGUAGGAACAAACGUCCUCCAGGUGGGGGAAAGUACUUCUCAUGCUCGGACUCAUGAUCGGCAUCGCCUCAUUCAACAAAUUAAAGAGGCUUCGUACUGGAGAUCACAACAUCAGGAACAGAGACCCGGCGCGAGUGAAUCAACUACGCAUACGCAGGGUAACUCUACACCAGUUAGUCUAUCGGAGCUCGAUGGUCCAGCGAUUGACUCAGUGUCCACAGAGCGCGCCCCAAGGGAAGAAACAGAAGUACUGGCAUCACCCACCGAGAUUGAGCGCCCUCGAUCUGCCUUGCACUCUGGCGACUUCCGCGAAGGCUCUCCGCACUCUGAAAGACUCGGGAACCGACCUGAUUUUGUAGAGUCAAGUCCGGCUUCGCCAUUUCCGCAGCUGGGAACUUCUCCUACCACACCGUGGUUUAGAGCACCUGCAUUCCAGGUUCCUCACAGUUCGCGCAGGCAGGUCUCUGCCAACCGGGAUGACUUGAAGUUGAUAAUAGAAACAAGAUCUAGAGCACCAUCGCUCGGUUCGUUCUCCUCAAGCUAUGUCCUCAAGGCGCCCACGAGUCCCUUGGUGUAUCAAGCCAACAACAGCGACUCAGACUUCUCGCCUCAAGGAGUGUCAGAGACUAACACGUUGGAGCUGUUGGAGCGAACAAACAGGCGGCGAACCCUGCCGCCGGAAACCUUCCGGGAAUUACAGUCAACGCCUCCCGGCUUACGGCCGGUCGAAAUUGGUGGCAAAUUGUCCUAUGGACAUCACGAUGGAACAUUUCACUCUUAUACCCCCUCGCGCAGAUCACUGAAUGCGGCUUACAGUCUUCAACUCGCCACGCCGACUGUAAAUCAUGCGUUCAGAAUGAGAAGACCCUCUCUGGCCUCAGAGACUUCUCCCAAACCCCAUGCUCCCAUGGUGGGAUCGUAUGAAGAGUCAAUCCUACGGGGGCGGAUGUCCAUGAAUCCAUCGAGGCCAUUGGAUUUCACAGCACAGAUUGGUGUUCUUGGGAAGGGGAAAUGCAAGGGAAAUCUUCGAUGUCCACCACAUGUCACAGUCUCCUUUCCCGCGGUAUUUUAUAGCUAUCCGACGUCAGGACACGGUCGCUCGAUCGCCGAUGACAGCCCUAGUCCCUAUGUCGGAAUGAUUGACCUCGAGAACUCUCUGCCCAAGAACGACUCUACUUCCAGCCGGCGUCGGAGACGGCAUCUCAGUCCCAUGCAGCUCUCGGCGGAUCUUGACAUGGAGGACACCACUGCGCGGCCACUGCCAGAUGCCGACUCAAGACGCCGCCGAGAGAAGAAAAAUCGCAGAGCAGAGUCACCCAAGUGUCCUCCAGGUGGGAGUUAUCGAAUUCCGCAACAAGGUCAAUUGCAGAUUAUCAUUAAGAAUCCGCACAAGACCGCAGUGAAAUUGUUCCUUGUCCCGUACGACUUGAGUGAUAUGGAACCCGGAACGAAGACGUUCAUUCGGCAACGAAGCUACUCAGCUGGUCCGAUCAUUGACAUGCCUCUGAGUGCACGCAAGAAUUACGGGACUGAUCGCCCCGAGGCUUCCCUCAACGCGACGGAAGACCCCCGGGACAAGCCAGUUUUGCGGUAUCUCAUCCACUUAAACAUAUGUUGUCCCUCGCGUGGGCGCUUCUAUCUGCAUUCAAGCAUUCGAGUUGUCUUUGCCAACAGGGUGCCAGAUGGCAAAGAGAAACUGCGAAAUGAGAUACAGCUGCCAGAUCCGCGAUACAGUCCUUAUAAGUCGGUACGCGAACACAGCUUUUCCAGCACCGCUGGGCCUCGCCCAGCAAUGGAGGCAGCUUCUCAUCGCCAGCAUGCCGGCAAAGUCACAUUCCCGGGGGUCCUGCCACACAUAUCAUCGCCAAGUGAAAGCGCUCUACUUUGGAGCACCGUAGAGCCGAGGAGAGAGCUACAAGCGUCCUCUCCACUAGCCGAGCUCGAGUCAGAUGAGUUCUACCGAAAGCUCAGUAAAGGUGAAUAUGGAUUCAGAGGCCAGCCUUAUGCCCCUGGCCAAGGUGCUUCUGAAAACGGGGAAAGCCUGCUAGCCAGGCGGCUCCGUAGUCUCGACGUUCACAAGCGAGAGACCAGAUACAGUAAUUGA